CCUAUUACAAUUAUCACCGUUGUGGCUGUAACUAAAUCAAAAAAUCUCAUUCAUCGAUAUGAUUUGCUCAAAGACACAAAUAAUCACUCAAAUGCGUUCAACUUGUGAAAAACUGAAAUCUUCACUCAAUUUGCAACUCAAAAUGAAGCUUCCGGACCAAAAUCACUUGUCAACGACCGAUGGAGCCGUGGCCUGUUCCGUAUCCCAUUGCCAUGGCGGUCGUCGGUUUCUGACCUCGACCAUACUUAUAAGUGUGUCUCUUCCCCAGGAGCUCAUUGGUACAUUACGCUCUCUAACUCUUCCUAGUUUCUCACCUUAACUUUUUAAUGUUCUUCUCCGGCGAGUUUCUCGCCAAAAUAAGGCGUGGGAGUGGUUUUUACGAGUUUAUAAGGACUGUGAUGUGAUUGGUGCCAGGAGUUGCAGACAAUGGAGGCUUGUGGGAGAAAAGAGGCAGCCAGGUACAUGCUAUGGAUUAGGCUAAGUCGGGCCUGCAGAGUGACAGAAUUUUUUGAGAGAUUGGAGAAGGAUAUCAGGAUCAAUUACCUUUUCACUAGGAUUGUAAAACUUCUUGUUGUUGAACUCUAUUGCACACAUACAGCUGCCUGCGUAUUUUACUAUCUUGCUACUACUUUGCCUCCUUCUGAGGAAGGUUCCACAUGGAUAGGAAGUUUACAGAUGGGUGACUAUCACUAUUUAAACUUUAGGGAAAUUGAUCUCUGGAAACGUUAUGUAACAUCACUCUAUUUUGCAAUUGUUACCAUGGCAACUGUUGGAUAUGGAGAAAUACAUGCAGUUAAUGUCAGGGAAAUGAUUUUUGUCAUGAUUUAUGUAUCCUUUGACAUGAUUCUUGGUGCUUAUCUGCUUGGUAACAUGACUGCAUUGAUUGUAAAAGGAUCAAAGACAGAAAAAUUCAGAGAUAAAAUGACUGAGCUCAUCAAAUAUAUGAAUACAAAUAAUCUAGAAAAGAGCAUAAGUAAUGAGAUCAAAGGUCAUCUAAGAUUACAAUAUGAUCGCAGCUACACUGAAGCUGCUAUGCUUCAGGAUAUUCCAGUUUCUAUUCGCGCGAAGAUUUCGCAGAAAUUAUAUGAACCUUAUAUUAAAGAAGUUCCUCUUUUUAAGGGAUGCUCUUUGGGAUUUAUUAAGCAGAUUGGAAUCAAGGUCCAUGAAGAAUUUUUUCUUCCUGGAGAAGUAAUUAUAGAACAGGGUCAUGUGGCAGAUCAACUUUACGUUGUUUGUCAUGGUAAAUUGAUCAUGGAGGAAGUUGGAAAAGGAGAAAAUGAUGAGAUUGAAGAGUUUCCUAUGCGUCUGCAAACCUAUAGUUCAUUUGGUGAAGUUUCUUUUCUUUGCAACACUCCUCAGCCAUAUACAAUUCGAGUUCGGGAACUCUGCAGGGUUUUGCGACUUGAUAAACAAUCAUUUAUAGAGAUCCUUGAGAUAUACUUCUCUGAUGGACGAAUAAUGUUGAAUAACCUGCUUGAGGGAAAGGACUCCAAUCUACAGAAGGAAAUAUUGGAGUCAGAUGUCACUCUUUACAUUGAAAAGUCUGAAUCAGUUCUUGUUACAAGAUUAAAUUGUGCUGUAUAUGACGGAGAUUUUUAUCAUCUGAAACGUUUGAUUAGAGCAGGAGCGAAUCCUAACAAGACAGAUUAUGAUGGAAGGUCACCUUUGCACAUUGCUGCAUCUAAAGGAUAUGAAGAUAUAACACAUCUUCUAAUUGACCAUGGAGUGGAUGUCAACCUGUCAGAUAAGUUUGGAAACACUCCCUUGCUUGAAGCUCUCAGGAAUGGGCAUGAUGAAGUAGCUUCCUUGCUAGUUAGAGCAGGGGCAACACUGGCAAUUGAUGAUGCUGGUGGUUUUCUUUGUAUGACAGUUGCAAAGAGAGAUUUGGGUCUCUUGAAAAGGGCUUUGGUGAAUGGAGUUAAUCCAAACGCCAAAAAUUUUGAUUUCCGAACACCACUUCACAUUGCUGCCUCAGAAGGAUUGUACCCAAUGGCAAGUUUACUUCUAGAAGCAGGAGCAAGUGUUUUGGCAAAGGAUAGAUGGGGGAAUACCCCACUUGAUGAAGCUCGUGUAGGCGGCGAUAAGAAUCUUAUCAAGUUGCUUGAGGCUGCAAGAAUUUCUCAGAUGUCUGAGUUCUUUGAUUGUCCUGGCCAGAUAAAAGUGCCAGGCUAUUCUCAAUAACAUCCACGACAUGAUGCGAAUGAUAUGGAAUUCCCAGUUACAGCAGUAUUUUUAAAAGUUGUAUGAGUUGGACAUAAACUGUACUGUAGAAUGAUAAUGGCCUUUGUUCCCUAAUCUUUAUACACCAAGAAAGAAAGAAAGCAAAAAACAUAAUUACUGCUUUAUCUUAGUUCUGUAGAACCAAAAUCUUUGUCCACUAUUUGCCAUUUUCCAUUUCUUUAUAGUCCAAUUCAUUCCCCAGUUUUUCUAUCA